GCACAACCAAAACAGUUGAUGGGAAGUCAACAUUUCUGAUAUUCUGGUGAAGUCCUUGUGUCAACACUUUCCGGAGGUGUUGGAUUUUUCCAAAGAUCUUACCAUGGUUCCUCUUGCAGCAAAAGUGAAUCAGAGCGACUAUCACAUCAGAUCUCAAUGACCUCCACACCACGAUCCAGGAUAUUCGCUCAGCCUGUCAGAAGAUGCCGGCAACUGCUGAGGAUCGCUUUGCUGUUGUCAUGAGUAACUUCCUGGAAAACAGUCAUCCAGCGAUCCAGUCCCUGGAGUCUCUCCAGCAGAGAGCAGCAGAUGAAUCAGCAAAACUGCUUCUUACUUUUGGUGAAGAUAGCAAAGCCACCAACACAGAGGCCUUCUUUGGUAUCUUGCCGAGUCACAAGCAAGUUUGAGAGAGCUCUCAGUGAUCAACAAGCUGCAGAAAACCCAAAGAGUCCCAGGAGUCCCCGAAUGGCCUCCCCACUGGCCUGGUAACACAUAUGGACAUGGCUGCAUACAGUACACACACACACACAUUCAAAUGUUAUAUGCAUAACAUGCACAAUCACACAAUACUCUAUGGUGCAAUACUGAGCAAGUACAUCUUUUGAGUCUUUGGAAAAACUUGAAUGAAACAUGAUGAAUAUAUAUUAAGAGACACACGUAAACUUCAGCUUUAUACUGCUGUUGAAUUAUAUGCAUCAUCCUGCACUGAAAAAGAAACACAACUGUUUUUGAUUUUCGAUAUAUCUUUACUGCUUGAGAGAUAGUUACUCAGUAACAUCCUAUAGUUUAAGUUAUAUUUCUCUAAGCACCCAUACGAUGCAGUAUGACAGUUACACAAUAAAAUCUUUGUGGCAUACCAACAGUUAAGACAUAGUUAUACAUUUUAUCCUGAAAUAGAAAUGUAAUUAUACGUGGUUCAUUAGAAACCACAAAAUCUGUUUUUGAAUUAGUUUCUAUGCUCUGUACUUUUGUCAGAUGCCCCACCCACACUGAAUGUAACAUAGAUCUUUAAUAAUUGUCACUUGUUUUCUCAGAUGUCCUGAUAACUGAUUGUUUUACUGCAGUUUGCAUAUGCCUCAGUGUCAGCAGAAUUUCUGAAUCUAUACUCAUGUACAAUUCAAAUUCUACCAACUUGUAAAUAGAAGACACUGUCAGCAUAAGUUGUUAUUAAAAUUGUUGAUCUCGCUUUAAUCUUUAGGACAUUUCUAACAGGUUGCAGAAGUGUGAUAAGUGGAUCAUACGGAGAGCACUGUGCAAUAUGUAAACGAUAAUCUGUAUUCUACUGUUAGAUAUUGCUCUCAAAGUGUGUGAACUAUACAUAUAAUAUAUACAGUAUAUAUAUAUAUAUAUAUAUAUAUAUAUAUAUAUAUAUAGUAUAAGUCUUUAUUUUAGUGGAGGUGUUGUCUGGACAAAGCAUAGAAGCAAAGCAUCAAACCACUUAAGGUUAUAAUAUAGCAAAUUUAACAUAUAAUUUAAAAAAAAACUAAUAAUAGAGCUUCUCAAAUAGGCCAGUGUUUUGUAAAAGCUGAAUCUUUAAGUGCUAUUUCUAAGUCAAAUUACGAAUGACAUGUGCAAUCAGUAAGCUGUUUUGUAAUGGCGUAAGGUUUUUUUUUGUUUGUUUGUUUUUUUAAGAUUACAGAAUGUGAACUUUAAAGCAUCAUUGUCCAUCUAAAGCCUAUAUAGUGUUAAGUCUGUAUUUUGUAUUGUAAGUUAAUUCUGAUAAAUAUAAAGAGUUGUCUAAGGUUUUCUUUUGCUUGUAUGUUUGUUUUUUUAUGACAUCAGAAAGUGAUGAGUCUUACACUAAAGAGUGUGUACUGUUGUAUUAUUAUUUGUGUAAGUUGAAUCACUUCAAAGUCACUUAAACUUGCAUCUGUAUUUCCUCUAACUCUUUAUAGUUUGCAUAACUUUAUAACUCUUUACAACUUUUAACACUCCUGCAGUUUGCUGCAAGCACAUUAUCUGUCCUAUGGCGGCAAAAAUCUUAGAUUAACUGUUUUUAUGAGAUAAGACUGUUCCUGUUUUAUUCUGUUCUGGACAUGAACAAAUGUUCAAACAUUUCCCUUGCGUUGCUUUAAUUUGGGCUUCACUUCUCAGGUCUUAAGUGUAAUUUAGAUUAAUUUAAACCUCACUCAGCAAUAAUUUAGCUAUUUCACUGGCAGCAGGAAAGUGUUCUGCAAACACCUCCCCUUGAAGAGUAAUAAAUCUCUCACACAUUUUAACUAAACUUGUAGUACACACAGAGAAGUGGAGUUUGAUCUCUGGGUAAGUCGAAGACGAUUUGAGGCAGGUUCCUGGGAUUGUCUUCAGGUAAUUUGUGACAUGCUGUUUUGUUUGGGCCAAGCAAGUCAAGUUAAGGCACAGCUGGAAUAAUAGUGUAACAACGUGCUAAAAGAUGAGCUUUGACUAUGCAGCUGGCAAACAAGCAGCACCAAGCACCACCAUGCCAUCACCUCAAGUGUCCUCCCCCCGGGUCAGUAAUACCCUGGUCACUGGAGAUAUUGUGGUGCUGGUAGUCUACUUUCUUUUGGUGCUGGCUGUUGGUUUCUGGUCUAUGUGGAGGACAAAACGCAGCACUGUGGAUGGAUACUUCUUGGCUGGGAAAAGUAUGACCUGGUGGCCAGUCGGGGCUUCACUGUUUGCCAGCAACAUUGGAAGUGGGCACUUUAUUGGUCUGGCAGGGUCUGGAGCUGCAGCAGGAAUUGGGGCAAUUGCAUAUGAAUGGAAUGGUAUGUUGAUGGUGCUGCUGUUGGGAUGGCUCUUCCUGCCCAUUUAUAUUUCCUCUGGGGUGACAACCAUGCCAGAGUAUUUGCAGAAGCGGUUUGGUGGAAGAAGAAUACAAUUAUUUAUAGCUGUUUUGUACUUAUUUAUUUACAUCUUCACAAAAAUAUCGGUGGACAUGUAUGCAGGUGCAGUGUUUAUUCAGCUCGCUUUACAAAUGAAUAUCUACUUGGCUGUGGUUCUGUUGCUGUCAGUCACUGCUAUCUACACUGUAGCAGGUGGUCUGGCUGCAGUCAUCUACACAGAUGCAGCUCAGACUGCCAUCAUGCUGGCAGGAGCUCUCACCCUCAUGGUUUUCAGCUUCGUGGAGGUUGGAGGGUGGAAUGUUCUAAUGGAGGAAUACACUAAGGCCAUUCCCUCGAUCCGUGUGCCUAACUCAACCUGUGGUAUUCCACGAGGUGAUGCUUUCCACAUAUUCAGAGACCCUGUGAACUCGGACCUGCCUUGGCCUGGUGUUAUCAUAGGCAUGUCCAUCCCCUCCAUGUGGUACUGGUGUUCUGAUCAGGUGAUUGUGCAGCGUUCUCUAGCUGCCAAAAACCUGACCCAUGCAAAAGGUGGCUCCCUGUUGGCUGCAUACCUCAAGAUCCUGCCUUUUUUCGCUAUCAUGCUCCCAGGCAUGAUCAGCAGGAUUCUCUAUACAGAUGAAGUGGCAUGUGCAGACCCUGACCUGUGCAAGCAAAUUUGUGGCAACCCUGUUGGUUGCUCAGAUAUUGCUUAUGCCAAACUGGUCUUGGAGCUGCUACCUGUAGGACUGCGGGGCCUAAUGAUGGCUGUAAUGAUUGCUGCACUCAUGUCGUCUCUGACCUCCAUCUUCAACAGUUCCAGCACUAUUUUUACCAUGGACCUAUGGAGGAGUUUCAGAUCCUGUGCUUCUGAAUGGGAGCUCAUGAUUGUGGGCAGAGUAUUUGUGCUCGUAUUGGUGGUGGUGUCUGUGCUGUGGAUCCCUGUCGUCCAAGCUAGUCAAGGUGGCCAGCUAUUCAUCUAUAUCCAGUCCAUCAGUACUUACCUGCAGCCACCAGUCUCUAUUGUCUUCCUCAUGGGUUGCUUCUGGAAGAGGGUUAAUGAGAAGGGUGCAUUCUUGGGCCUAACUGUAGGACUCAUUAUUGGCUGCAUACGCAUGUUGUUGGACUUCAUCUACCCUGCACCCCUGUGCUAUGAAGAAGAUGACAGGCCAGGGGUGCUGAAAUACGUCCAUUACCUCUACUUUUCCAUGUUGCUGUCAGUCAUAACUGUAUUUGUGGUGGUUGUAGUCAGCCUGACUACUGAGGCACCAGCUCCAGAGCAGAUUAGUCGUCUCAUGUGGUUUACACGGUUUGACCCAGUGCAGCCUAAAGUGGAGCAGAGAAGCAUUAACUUAAAUGUGAUCACUAUUCAAACAAGUGAGACAAACGUUGCAGCUACAGAGCCUGAGAGCAGCAAUGGACAACCACAUCGUCACAGGAGCGACUCAUCUGUAUCCAGCACCCACAAUCAGUCCAGGUUGAUGUCUGUCCUCUAUUGGCUGUGUGGGAUGGAGAGACGGAGGGAUGGAGACAAUGAUCCUGUGACUCCUCCUGAACCUGAACAGGCGAUCUGUAGUUUAGAAGAAAAGACAAGUCUACGACGAGUGGUGGACAUUAACCUCAUAAUUUGCCUCUCUGUGGCUGCUUUUAUUAUUGGUUACUGGGCAUGACAGGCAGAUGGCAGUGCUCCAAUAAAUGAGAUGUGAAUAAGGUUGUAUACAGAUU